AAGACAGGGUUUUGGGCGCCAGGCUUCCUUCUGCAACAGACGUGGGUCACGCUCUCGCUCGCUCUCUUUCUGCCGCCAUCUUGAUUCCACGUUCCCUCCACAAAAUGCCCGGCAAAGCCACAGAAACCGUCCCUGCUAUAGAGCAGGAGUUGCUGCAGCCCCAGGCUGAGACAGGGUCUGGAACAGAAUCUGACAGUGAUGAGUCAGUACCAGAGCUUGAAGAACAGGAUUCCACCCAGGUAACCACACAACAAGCCCAGCUGGCGGUAGCAGCUGAAAUUGAUGAAGAACCAGUCAGUAAAGCAAAACAGAGGCGGAGUGAAAAGAAGGCACGGAAGGCUAUGUUCAAAUUGGGUCUUCAACAGGUUACAGGAGUUCCUAGAGUCACUAUCCGGAAAUCUAAGAAUAUCCUCUUUGUCAUCAUAAAACCAGAUGUCUACAAGAGCCCUGCUUCGGAUACCUACAUAGUUUUUGGGGAAGCCAAGAUGGAAGAUUUAUCUCAGCAAGCACAACGAGCAGCUGCUGAGAAAUUCAAAGUUCAAGGUGAAGCUGUCUCAAACAUUCAAGAAAACACACAGGCUCCAAUUGUACAAGAGGAGAGUGAAGAGGAAGAGGUCGAUGAAGCAGGUGUAGAAGUUAAGGACAUAGAAUUGGUCAUGUCACAAGCAAAUGUGCCGGGAGCAAAGGCAGUCCAAGCCCUGAAGAACAGUAAUGAUAUUGUAAAUGCUAUUAUGGAAUCAACAAUGUAACCAUCUGAAAGCAACUGUUUUUGGUGUCUCAGAGGAGUAACUGCAGCUUGGUUUGAAAUUUGUACUGUUUCUAUCAUAAAUAAAGUUAUGGCUUCUUGUUGGAUGAAAAAAAAAAA